CGUGCCUUUGGAAGUGUGUUAAGAAUAGACCCACAAUGGGGCUCACCCCCGUCUUCUGUUUUCUGAGGACAGACAGUUGUUUGCAGGGGACAGAGGAAGAGGUAAAAGAGUAUUUACAAGGGCCUCUUAGAGACUUGGGUGACUCAAAUGGAUCACGUUGGAUUUUUUCCUGCCGGAACCUGGCACAUAUUCCCUCUAGGAGAAAAAGAGAGAGAGUCAGACUGCUGAGGGAAUGUUGUGUCCGUCAACCUGGAGGUUAUUGUGCCCCUUGGGUAGAGGAGAAGUGGCUGGAUAGAGGGAGAGGUGUUGGCUCGAGGGUUUACCAUUUGUGUUCAAUUCCCUUGGCGUCUGGAACUGGACGACUUUAUUUAUGUAUUUCGGAGGGCCGUGAGCACAGCAAGCAUGGCGGAAUCAAGUGCCUCUGAGGUCAUCUUCAUCUCUGUCAAUCACAACAUCACUUUGAUGGGAAAGAUGUGGCUCAUCGUGAUGAUUUUCCUCCGCGUCCUGAUGCUCCUCUUUGCUGGUUAUCCUCUCUAUCUGGAUGAGCAGGAGCGAUUUGUGUGUAACACCAUCCAGCCCGGCUGCGCCAAUGUGUGCUACGAUCUGUUUUCUCCCAUCUCUCUCUUCCGCUUCUGGCUGGUCCAGCUCAUUAUCUUGUGCCUCCCCUCCAUCAUCUUUAUCAUUUAUGUGGUCCAUAAGGUCUCGAAUGACCUCACCGUGGAUUUGAACUCCUCGGGUCACACCAAAGCCUUGCCAUUGUUUAAGAUCCACCAGGAGCCCUUCAGCAUGGCAUCCAUAACCAAGGUGCCUCUAGUGACUGAGCGAGGAUGGGCCCGGUGCUUCACAGGAGCCUACAUCCUCCAUCUGAUGUUCAGAACACUGCUGGAGGCAGGGUUUGGGGCAGCUCACUAUUAUCUGUUUGGUUUCUACGUCCCUAGAAGGUUCCUGUGCCAGCAACCUCCGUGCACUACCCAGGUGGACUGCUACAUCUCCAGGCCCACCGAGAAGACCGUGAUGCUCAACUUCAUGCUCGGUGUGGCUGCUCUUUCCCUUUUCCUAAAUGUAUUGGAUUUCAUCUGCGCCACCAAGCGAUCGGUUAGGCAGAAGAUCAAGAAGAAGGUGAUGUUGGAGAAGAUUUAUGAGGAAGAGCAGUGUUUCCUUUCAGGCAGAGGAGCCUCCAGAGGAAUAGACCCAAAUGCCUCCAUGGCUCAGCCGGAUCUAGAGGCCGAGGCUUGUCACACAGGGAGUUUCCGGAAGAGGCAAGGCAGCAAAGGCUUUGGUGGAGGGGGUGUGCUGGCUUUAGGUCAGGAACCACCCUGCCUGGAGCACUCCUCUCUUCCACGCUCUCCAGGACCUCCAGGCUGCAACACUAACGGGAACAAUGGCUACUCUUUUUCCCAAGAGGAGGCUCCAGAAAGCAAUGGCAGCAAAGUGUCUCUCUGCCCCCCAGAGCCUAUGGGUACACCCAGAUCCAUUCAUGUGAGCAAACGCAGUCGACUUAAACCGCCACCUCCACCCAGACGGGAUCUUGGGUCUUCCCCCGUAGAACCAGCAGGGCCCGUCAGGGACGUUUCCACAACAACAACAACAACAAUCUGUACCAGAAGGGUGGGUCAGUAUACGCUGGUGGAGCUGGGUAGCGGGGCAGAGUUACAGACCAAUGAUGACGGGCAAGAGAAAAGAUCAGAGUGGGUGUGAGGGUUGGAUUGCUUUAUUUCCAGGUUAUUUUGGAACACAAGGAUGGGAUGAAUAUGAGUAACAAACCUAGGACUUACACAGUGGCAACAACUGUUGGAGCUGACACACUGCCGUGCUCUGUACCUCAUUUUAAAAUGCAAACUGCACUGCCACUUGAGGAGAAUCCAAAACAGCAAUGCAUUGACUAGACACCUUUAGACUUAUGAGGCAUAAUUACAUUUGCUGUGAUGUCAUCACGCCAUCAGAUCACAUUGCCUUUGAGGAGCAGUAGCUGAGCGAUGCAAAGCGACAAGAAUCCAAGUCCUGAAUAGGACCUCUCUUAACAAAACAAGUGAAGAAUGACAGGACGCUCUAGCCUUGAACAAACCUCGGCCUUGAGAAAAUCUAAAAGAGGGCAGUCCACCUGUUUCUUCCCUUGUUGGCUUUUACCCCCACCUCCCUGGAUUCACUGUCCAUAAACAAAGACAUGCCUUGACCUGUCACAUAUACAAGCCCACCUAGCAACACAUGAUACACCGUCUCUUUUGUGUGUGGAUCACUGAGGUCAAAGGACAUGGGUAGUCUCCAGGCCCUGCGCUCGGGGGACCAUUUGGAAUCAGAGGGUCAUGCCCAAAUGAAAGGCAAUAAUUUGACUGAGGUGGCGUUCUUUAACUCAUGGAAUGGAAAAGGAUUCCUCCGUCAGAAGCUAAGGACACUAUGAAGGCCCCGAAAUCAAAGGCUCACAAAGCAAUUAUGUUCCCCCAUAGGGGCUCUGUAUUUAUGGAGACGGCUUGUCACUCUAUUUCAGGGCCUUGCGGAGCUUAGGAGGAAUACAAGCCUGAACAUACACUGUGACUAGAAAUAGAGCACGGCGGAGCGCUGUAAAGGAGCAGAGUGGCCCGUUGCCCUUCAGGAUAUCUCCUCUCUCCUUGCGUGGGCUUUGCUUGAAAUGUUUGCCAAUUUUUAGCAGCAGUGUAACCUGUCAGUCUACUUUCUUGAAAUCUCUGGACUACAUUAUGCAGGUGAUUGUGAGGAGACUCCCACAGUAAAUCAGUGUUAUUCACAAGAAACACUUGCCGCUCUAUAGCUGAGGGGCCAGUCUCUGUGUAAACCGAUAGCUCUUGAUCUUCCUCUUCUUGUGGUCUCUUUGAAGGUGACAGCCAAAGCUCAAAAGCCUUAAUAUCUACUGAGAGCUGCACCCUGACUGUCAUGAGAGUGACCACAGGGGGUUUUCAUAAGACCACAGCAGCCUCCUCCAUACUCAGUGUUUAGUGUAGAAGCCAAAGCUGUUUUUUCGUAUUACAUAAAGUAAUGAAUAAUCAAUGUUAUAUUCUCGCUUAUCAUUGAAUUCAUUGAUAUUGCCAUUUAGUUUUGAUUACAAACCAUCAGUGCCUAAUUCCAGGAGUCAUAUUCCAAUAAAAUGUUCUCGUAAUCUUCCAAUACAAUAUCAAAUAAAUGUAUAGUUUCUUUAUGAAAUUGACAAUUGUUUCUCUAUGUUUCUAUGCAUUGACUAUGACAUUGACGACUUUAACUGUUCAAGGCACUUUAUUGUAACUCUUCAUGUUUAGCCAGUCCAUUGUACUGUAGUUUGAAAUCAUGCUGCCCUCCAGUGACGCAAAAUGUGAAAUGCUGCCUUAUAUUGAAUCCAACACUUAAAGUCCGAUUCCUGUCGGCAUCGUGAUGACAGAUUGUGAUAUGUGAA